CCCUUUCUAUAAAGCAGAUCAAAACCCCCAACGUCGUAGACGAUUGGAAACUAGUAAGGAGGAGAACCCAUUUCUUUCUUCUAUAGAUUGAUAAAAUUUUGAAAAAUUUAUUUCAUUGCUAGAGAGAGAAACAGAACAAUCAAUCAAAGAAAGAGAAAAGCCCAUAUUGAUUCGUAUUCUUAUUCAACAAUGGCGGCUUCGAAAAGCUACUUUAGCAGAGCAGCAAACUACCGAUUCUUAGAUGCUCCGUCGGGAAUAAGUUCCGACGGGAUGUUCGAGCUCGAUGAGUCCGAUGUCUGGAGUACUGGACGCGCCGCUGCGUCGCCUGAGUAUCGUAAACCGGCGGUGGGUUCACGUACACCGUCAUCGUCGAGAAAAAGCUCUUCAUCGGCUGCGAAGGUGGUUGUUGGUGGGACGGCUGCGUCGUUGCCGGUGAACGUGCCGGACUGGUCGAAGAUACUGAAAGAUGAGUAUCGGGAGAAUAGGAGGAGAGAUAGUGAAGAUGAUGAUUUCGACGGCGAGGAUGGGGAGGACGUCGGUGGGAAACGGAUUCCGCCGCACGAGUUUUUGGCUAGACAGUUGGCGAGAACGAGAAUCGCAUCGUUCUCUGUGCACGAAGGAAUUGGGAGGACUUUGAAAGGGAGAGAUCUUAGUAGGGUUAGAAAUGCAAUUUGGGAAAAAACUGGGUUCGAGGAUUGAUUUUAGUACUUCAUUUUUGUUUUUCCACCCCUCUUUCUCUGAUUAUUUCGUACUUCAUUUUUAUGGGAGUACUCUCUCUCUCUCUCUUCUUCUUUUUUUUGGUUUUUUUGUUUUUUGUUUUCCUUUUUGGGGUUUUGCCGGUCUCGUAUUAUAUCGAUGAUUGGGUACUGCCGUAGUGGUAUUAGUAUUUGAUGAGAAAUCGGAUUACCGGUGAAUGUAACUCUUUAACUACUUGAGAGAUUAAUCAAGAAAUGUGGAUUUUGUUCCACUAAUUUCCAGUUUCA